CUUCUUCCUCAAUUGACCUGAUCGAGACCCAAACAAACAAACAGCAAGCCCCGACGAAACGACUAAAUUCAAACAAAUCUAGCCUUGGUUAUCCCAGUUGGUUCCAGUGUUCCAAGCCCACUGGGAGGGCGCUGUCCCUCUCCCUCUCUCUCUCUCUGCGCGUCGGAGCAGCAGGCAGGCAACAGCAACAGCAACAGCAACAAUGGGCUUCUUCUCCUUCCUCGGACGGGUCCUCUUCGCCUCUCUCUUCAUCCUCUCCGCCUGGCAAAUGUUCGAUGAUUUUGGUGAUGAUGGUGGACCUGCAACAAAGGAAUUAGCUCCCAAGUUAGCUAUUGUCCAGAAUUAUCUGGCUACUAAGUUGGGGAAUGGGGUGCAAAACAUUGAUGUUAGGCAUUUUGUUGCAGCUUCUAUUGUUCUAAAAGGGCUUGGCGGCUUCCUAUUCGUAUUUGGCAGUUCUCUUGGUGCUUACAUACUGCUGUACCACUUGGCAUACACCACUCCACUCCUGUAUGACUUCUACAACUACAAAUAUGGCGAGCCGGCUUUCUUUGCAGCCCUACAAGAAUUCUUGCAGUGCGUAGCCCUCUUGGGUGCAUUGCUUUUCUUCCUGGGAAUGAGGAACUCAAUCCCAAGGAAGCAGCUCAGAAAGAAGACCCCCAAAACGAAGACAGUUUAGAAGCAAUGAAGCAGCAGUUUUAGAUUAGAUAAUUGGCUUCUUUCCCACAUUCAUUAGGCCUCUAGUAUUUGAUGCUGUAAGAGUCUUAUUCUCCUUGAUUUUGAUCAAAUGAGUCGUUAAAUUUAUGUAGUGUGACUUGAUCAGGACCAUAGAUGUUCAAAUGUGUACCCUCUGGUGUGCCUUACAAUGUACUGGUUGGAUUUAACUCAUUCAUCUUCAGUUGCUUGGCUUCAGUGAGCAUAACGCAGUGUCAAGAAUGGUGCAUUAAAAGA